UCCCGGGCGCGGGGGCGGCGGCGGCGAUGGCGCGGCUGGCGGACUACUUCAUCGUGGUGGGCUAUGACCACGAGAAGACAGGGUCUGCAGAAGGAAUGGGAAAAAUAAUCCAGAGGUUUCCACAGAAGGAUUGGGAUGAUACACCUUUUCCACAAGGAAUUGAAUUGUUUUGCCAACCUGGAGGAUGGCAAUUGUCCAGAGAGAGAAAGCAGCCAACAUUCUUCGUGGUUGUCCUAACAGAUAUUGACUCAGAUCGGCAUUAUUGCUCCUGCCUAACUUUCUAUGAGGCAGACAUUAACCUCCAGGGAACAAAACAAGAAGAGAUUGAAGGUGAAGAAGAGGUGACUGGAUUAAUUCAGCCUGCAGAAGUAUUUGCUCCCAAAAGCUUGGUUUUGGUGUCCAGAUUAGAUUAUCCAGAAAUUUUUAGGGCUUGCCUGGGUCUAAUCUACACUGUUCAUGUGGAUAGUCUAAAUUUCUCCUUGGAGAGUCUUAUUGCAAAUCUCUGUGCAUGCCUUGUCCCAGCAGCUGGAGGUUCUCAGAAGCUGUUUUCCUUGGGAGCAGGAGACAGACAGCUGAUACAGACUCCUUUACAUGACAGCCUUCCUGUCACUGGCACCAGUGUGGCUCUCUUGUUUCAGCAAUUGGGUAUCCAAAAUGUCCUCAGCCUCUUCUGUGCAGUACUCACAGAAAACAAGGUUCUCUUUCACUCCACCAGUUUCCAGAGACUUAGUGAUGCUUGCAGAGCACUAGAGUCUUUAAUGUUUCCUCUUAAAUAUAGUUAUCCUUAUAUCCCUAUUCUUCCGGCUCAAUUAUUGGAAGUCUUAAGUUCCCCAACACCUUUCAUCAUUGGAGUUCAUUCUGUCUUUCGUACUGAAGUCCAUGAACUUUUAGAUGUAAUCAUUGCUGAUUUGGAUGGAGGUACUAUUAAAGUCCCUGAAUGUAUUCACCUGUCUCCUCUCCCAGAACCACUGUUACAUCAGACACAAACAGCCCUGUCUCUGAUUUUACACCCAGAUCUGGAAGUAGCAGAUUAUGCAUUCCCCCCACCACGGACAGCUCUAUCCCAUUCAAAAAUGCUGGAUAAAGAAGUGCGAGCAGUUUUCCUUAGAUUAUUUGCGCAGCUAUUCCAAGGUUAUAGAUCUUGUCUGCAGCUUAUCAGGAUCCAUGCAGAGCCAGUCAUACACUUUCACAAGACAGCUUUCUUGGGACAGCGUGGUUUGGUGGAGAAUGAUUUCCUCACUAAGGUGCUUAAUGGAAUGGCAUUUGCAGGCUUUGUGUCUGACAGAGGGCCUCCAUACAGAUCCUGUGAUCUCUUUGAUGAGCUGGUAGCCUUUGAAGUGGAGCGAAUUAAAGUUGAAGAAAGUAACCCUCUGAAAAUGAUAAAGCACAUAAGAGAACUUGCAGAGCAGCUCUUCAAAAAUGAAAAUCCAAAUCCUCACAUGACAUUCCAGAAAGUUCCACGCCCCACAGAAGGUUCUCACUUGCGAGUUCACAUUCUUCCUUUCCCGAAGAUUAAUGAGGCCAGGGUUCAGGAACUGAUACAGGAAGGUCUUGUGAAGAACCAGCUCGCGCCUCCUACUUCCAAAGUGGAGAAGAAAUGUGUCGUGCCGGCAGGCCCACCUGUGGUUUCAAUCAUGGAUAAAGUGACUACAGUCUUCAACAGUGCUCAAAGAUUGGAAGUUGUUAGGAACUGCAUCGCCUUCAUAUUUGAAAAUAAAGUUUUAGAAACUGAAAAGACCCUUCCUGCUGCACUAAGAGCCCUGAAAGGAAAGGCAGCACGGCAAUGUCUUACCUAUGAAUUGGGUUUACAUGUACAGCAGAACCGGGCAAUACUAGAUCAUCAGCAGUUUGACUACAUCAUAAGGAUGAUGAACUGUACUCUUCAGGACUGUUCCACCUUAGAAGAAUAUAACAUUGCAGCAGCAUUAUUGCCUUUGACAAGUGCUUUCUACAGGAAACUAGCCCCCGGAGUCAGUCAGUUUGCUUAUACCUGUGUGCAGGACCACCCCAUAUGGACUAAUCAACAGUUUUGGGAGACAACAUUUUACAAUAAUGUGCAAAAUCAAGUUCGCUCCCUGUACCUCUCAGCCAAGGAAGACAAUCAUUCAUCAUACUUGAAGCUAACGGAGAAGAUUCUGAAAAGCACAGACCAGGAGAAGACUGCGAUGGACUUGGCUGCAGAGCAGCUGCGCUUGUGGCCUACACUGAGCAAAGAGAUGCAGCAGGAGCUGGUGCAGAAGGAAGAAAGUACAGUCUUUAGCCAGGCAAUCCACUUUGCAAACCUCAUGGUCAACCUGCUGGUACCACUGGACACAAGUAAAAACAAACUCCUGAGGACAUCUGCCACUGGAGACUGGGAGAGCGGGAGCAACAGCAUUGUCACAAACAGCAUUGCAGGAAGUGUUGCCGAGAGCUAUGACACAGAGAGUGGCUUUGAGGACUCGGAGAACAGUGACAUCGCCAAUUCUGUUGUGCGUUUCAUUACCCGGUUUAUUGAUAAAGUUUGUACUGAGAGUGGAGUUACUCAAGAUCACAUCAAAAGCCUUCAUUGCAUGAUACCAGGAAUUGUAGCAAUGCACAUCGAGACCCUGGAGGCUGUUCAUCGAGAGAGUAGAAGGCUCCCCCCAAUCCAGAAGCCUAAGAUUCUAAGACCCACCCUGCUUCCAGGAGAAGAAAUAGUUUGUGAAGGCCUCCGGGUGCUACUUGAUCCUGAUGGAAGAGAGGAAGCUACAGGAGGACUUCUUGGAGGCCCCCACAUCCUCCCUGCAGAAGGAGCACUGUUUCUUACCACAUACAGAAUUCUAUUUAAAGGGACCCCUCAUGAUCAGCUAGUUGGUGAGCAGACUGUGGUGCGCAGCUUCCCCAUAGCAUCCAUCAUCAAGGAGAAGAAGAUCACCGUCCCAAACCAGCUGCAGCAGAACAUGCAGGAAGGGAUGCAGAUCACUUCGGCCUCAUUCCAGCUGAUCCAAGUGGCCUUUGAUGAAGAAGUGAGUCCUGAGGCAGUGGAGAUCUUUAAGAAGCAGCUGAUGAAGUCCCGCUACCCCCAGUCCAUUUUUAGCACCUUUGCAUUUGCUGCUGGACAGACCACCCCACAGGUCAUCUUACCCAAGCAGAAAGAAAAAAAUACUUCCUUCCGCACUUUUUCAAAAACAAUAGUGAAGGGUGCCAAACGAGCAGGAAAAAUGACCAUUGGUCGCCAGUAUUUAUUGAAGAGGAGAACAGGAACAAUUAUGGAAGAACGGGUAAAUCGUCCUGGAUGGAAUGAAGAUGAUGACAUCUCUGUUUCAGAUGACAAUGAACUGCCUACAAGCACAACCCUGAAGGCUUCUGAAAAGUCAACAAUGGAACAGUUAGUGGAACGAGCCUGUUUCCGAGACUAUCAGCGUUUAGGCCUUGGGACCAUAAGUGGCCAUUCUUCCCGCUCCAAAACUGAGUAUUUUAGGAUCACUGCUUCAAAUCGGAUGUAUUCCCUCUGCCGCAGCUACCCAGGGCUUUUAGUGGUGCCUCAAGCUGUCCAGGACAGUAGCUUACCAAGAGUGGCUCGUUGCUAUCGGCAAAAUCGCCUGCCUGUGGUAUGUUGGAAAAACACCAAAACCAGUACCCUGCUGCUCCGAGCUGGUGGAUUCCAUGGAAAAGGAGUCGUUGGACUUUUCAAAUCCCCAAACCCUCAUUCUACAGCUCCCACCUCCUCCUUGGAAACGUCCAGUAGUAUAGAACAGGAGAAAUACCUGCAAGCCCUCCUGAAUGCCAUUUCAGUUCAUCAGAAACUCAGCGGCAGUAACACCCUCACCGUGAGGCCGGCACUGGCUCUGUCUCCAGGCUCUGAGCGAAAGACUUCAAGAAUGUCCACUGUGCUCAAGCAGGUAGUGCCAGGACAUUUGGAUGUAAAUCCAUCCAAUAGCUUUAACCAAGGAGGUGUCUGGGCAAGUCUUCGUGCCAGCAAUCGCUUUAUCAACUCUCCAGCAUCCUUCAUUGAUGUUGGCGCCCGACUCGCAGGCAAAGAUCACUCGACCUCCUUCAGUAACAGCUCCUACUUGCAGAAUCAGCUCCUGAAGCGCCAAGCUGCCUUGUACAUAUUUGGAGAAAAAUCACAGCUACGGGGUUUCAAAUUAGAAUUUGCUUUAAACUGUGAGUUUGUUCCUGUUGAAUUCAAUGACAUCCGACAAGUAAAAACCAGCUUUAAAAAAUUAAUGAGGGCUUGUGUCCCCAGCUCUAUUCCUACUGAUUCUGAAGUGACGUUCCUCAAGGCACUAGGAGACUCCGAUUGGUUCCCACAGCUGCACAGGUUACUGCUGCUGGCCGUGGUUGUAGCUGAAGUGCUAGAGAGCGGCUCCUCCGUCCUGGUCUGUUUGGAAGAUGGCUGGGAUAUCACCACACAAGUGGCAUCCCUCGCCCAGCUGCUCAGUGACCCAUUCUAUAGGACUCUGGGAGGCUUCCAGAUGCUGGUGGAGAAAGAGUGGCUCUCCUUUGGUCACAAAUUCAGUCAGAGGAGCAACUUGACCUUCAACUGUCAGGGGAGUGGCUUUGCUCCCGUCUUCUUGCAGUUCUUGGACUGUGUGCAUCAGGUUCAUAACCAGUAUCCAACAGAGUUUGAAUUCAAUCAGUAUUAUCUAAAAUUCCUGGCUUUCCACUACGUCUCCAAUCGUUUUAAAACCUUUCUUCUGGACUCAGACCAUGAGCGAUUAGAGCACGGAACACUCUUUGAAGAUAAAGGAGACAAACAUGCCAAAAAGGGAAUUUGCAUUUGGGAAUGUAUUGAGAGGAUGCACAAGAGGAGCCCUAUCUUUUUUAAUUAUUUAUAUGCACCAAUGGAAACUGAGGCACUGAAGCCCAGCAUAAAUGUAUCCAGCCUGAAGAAAUGGGAUUAUUACAUGGAAGAAACAUUGGCCACGGGGCCUUCUUAUGACUGGACAAUGCUGCCUCUAAAGUCCACUCCUUAUGAUGAAGCAGAGCAGGCCGAUGGGGCCAGGCCACAGAGCAGCAGGAGAAUAGUGUGGCCGUGCUAUGAUGACAUCACUAAGGUCCAGCCAGAUGCCAUCACGAGCCUCUUCAACGAAAUUGAAAGAUUAGAACAGAAACUGAACCAGACCCCAGAAAGAUGGCAGCAGCUAUGGGAAAGAGUGAAUGUGAAUCUUAAGGAAGAUACAAAGCAAGACCAACCCCGGAGACACCCUUCUAGCUCCUCAGGAAUUGUGACCGCCAACCUCCACUCCUAUCAGAAGAGAUCUCUGCUGCACCUGCCUGACAGUGGCCUGGGAGAUGAGCAGAAUGCCAGCAUCUCCCCAUCCAAUGGAGUGGACCGAAGGGCAGCCACCCUCUACAGCCAGUUUACUUCCAAGAAUGAUGAGAACAGGUCUUUUGAGGGGACACUCUACAAACGAGGAGCUCUGCUGAAAGGCUGGAAACCCCGCUGGUUUGUGCUAGACGUGACAAAGCAUCAGUUGAGAUACUAUGAUUCUGGUGAGGACACGAGCUGUAAAGGGCACAUUGACUUAGCCGAAGUGGAAACCAUCAUUCCAGCAGCCCCCUCUCUGGGUGCCCCAAAGCAUGCCAGCGACAAAGCCUUUUUUGAUCUGAAGACUAGCAAACGCGUGUAUAACUUCUGUGCCCAGGACGCGCAAAGUGCCCAGCAGUGGAUGGAUCGGAUCCAGAGCUGCAUCUCCGAUGCCUGAGCAGAGCCAGGAUGCAGGAGCUCGAGGGAGGCCUUUGGCCGCACCAAUAGGAAAAGUCAGGAGAGACUUUAGGGACUCUGGUACCGAGGAAAUAGCCCUGAAAUAGCCCUCUCUUCCCCUCAGACAGAACCGGCCUCGCUUACUGCGUAGACUGGUCUAACUCGCCUCCGCAGGAACGUUGGGUCUGCCUUCGUAGGCGACUUCCCUCCGUCGGGCUUGUCCCCCGAAGCCUCAGCAUGAAGGCAGCCGGGCGCCUGCUAUACCGAUGGGCAGCACAUACAGGCCGGCCUCCUAGUGGACAAGGCUUCUGCCAGGACAGCAGUCUGGGGCCAGCCCGGCGGGCUACUAAGAGCCUGGCAGAGCCAAUGGUUUUACAUGCAAAAAUAGAAAGCCUCUAAUGUCAUCCAUUCAUAAUUGGAACAGUAACGCCAUCAGACCUGACAUGGACACUUCCCUGUGUCCGAGGCCUGCUGCUAGCUCUGCCGGGGCUGGGCUGGUUUCAGUACAGGCUGAUGUGUCCAGCCUUGGUGGAACUGAAGGAAGAGACAUACCAUGUGACCCUGCCUAGGGCUCUGACCAUUGGGAACAUGGGAGAAAAAUUAGUCUUCAAAUGCAUAGACUCUAAAAGAAAUCCCUAUCCCAAGGCUGAAAGAAAGAAUGCUCAUUAUGUGCUCUUCCGCACAUUAUCAACUUGUAUUCACAGAGUAACCCAGUGAUAAAUGCACUAAACAAUAACGGCAGGCAGGUACCUUGAAAUCCUCCUGAGGCUGCCAUGUUCUGCCAGGGGCUACCAAACCGAGCUUGGUCGAGGGAACAAACUGGAGCAAGAGGCAAAGGCCCGGGAGGAUAACCAGAGGCUGGGAGGGGGGGGGGGUGGCAUUGGAUACGGAAGACAACACUUUUUGCACAUAAAGUGUAAGAACAAUUUUAGAUUUUUCCAUUUGAAAACAUUGUGAUUAUUAAACUAAAAGCUACAGAGCAGACACCCUUUCCCUCCAUCAGCAGGGAGCUAGAGCAUCGUGUCUUGUUUGGAAAUGUUAAUAUGUGAAAUAUCAGACUAAUGUUUCAAAGAAUAUGUAUAUACGAUUUAGUACACUCUGAUUUUUCAGACAUCCUGCUUGUAAUUUAAUAUAAAACUAACCAAACUGAUUCAUUCAUAGGAUUUUGGUUAUUCAGUGGGUCCUUUUUCUAAGAAAAACCACUCUCUGGGGCCUGAAGAAUGAGAGUCAAAUGUCCAGCUUCAAACUGUAUACAUACUAGGAAAAAAGAGUUGUCUUAAUAUAUAAGGAAUCGGGGGGAGGGGAGGGAGACAAUAGGAAUGAAGGACUUUUCUAUCAUUUUCAAUUUAUACACUUCCACCUGUGAAAAUGGCCUUUGCACAUAAUUUGUAUUUUUCUUUGUAUAUGAAGUACUUU